AUGUUUGAUAGCAUUGAAGGUUUCCUACAAAGUCAAAAUAAUCUCACGCCUAUUAGGUACUCAUACUCGGAUAUCAAGAAGAUGACCAAAGGUUUUAGGGACAAGUUGGGGGAAGGAGGCUAUGGUUCUGUAUCCAAAGGAAAGCUUCGAAGUGGCACUCUUGUGAGAUCUAAGCGUGCUCUUAUUUAUGACUUCAUGCCUAAUAGGUCUCUUGAGAAGUAUAUCUUUUCUGGAAAAGGAAAAAAUUCCUUAGUUUGUAACUCUCUUGGAGUGACGUGGGGGAUUGAAUAUUUGCAUUGUGACAUGCAAAUCCUGCAUUUUGAUAUAAAGCCUCGCAACAUUCUCCUUGAUGAGAAUUUCACUCCAAAAGUUUCUGACUUUGCGCCAGCAAAAUUAUAUCCAACAGUUGAUAGUAUUGUGCCUCUCACUGCAGCAAGAGGAACCAUGGGUUACAUGGGCCCAGAAUUGUUCUACAAAAACAUUGGAGGUGUUUCAUUUAAAGCUGAUGUUUAUAGUUUUGGAAUGUUGUUGAUGGAAAUAGCAGCCAAGAGGAGGAAUUGGAAUGCAUCAGCUAAUUCAAGCCAAAUUUAUUUCCCUUCGUGGGUUUAUGGCCAAUUCAUAGAUGGAAAACACAUAAAAAUGGGAGAAACGACGAAGGAGGAGAGGGGAUGGUAA